AUGGUAGUGGAGGAUGAGCGUAGGGAGGACAUAAAGCCUUCUUAUUGGCUAGAUGCUUGCGAGGACAUCUCUUGUGAUCUCAUCGAUGAUCUCGUCUCUGAUUUCGACCCUUCCUCUGUUGCUGUCGUCGACGAAAACGGCGUCAACAAUGACUUCUUCGGUGGAAUUGAUCACAUUCUAGACAGCAUCAAGAACGGUGGAGGCUUACCAAACGGAGCUCACAACAAAAAUGGCGUUUCCGAGACCAAUUCUCAGAAAAGUGAGGUUCCUAAGUUGAUUGGUGGAGAGAUUGCUGUGUCAGUGAAGGGGAAUGUGCUGCAGAAAUGUGGCGGAAAGAGAGACACUUCAGAGGACGAAAGAGAGAAGAUUAGGAAGAGAGCUAGAGUUUGUAGUUACCAGAGUGAAAGGAGUAGCCUCUCAGCUAGUUAUAGGGAGAGAGAUAGGUUUAUGAACAAGAAACGGACUCGUAAUUGGGACGAGGCUGGUCACAACAAUAACAAGAGAAGAGAUGGUUACAAUCACAGAAGAGAUGGUAGAGAUAGAGAAGGUAGAGGUUACUGGGAGAGGGAUAAAGUUGGUUCGAAUGAGUUGGUUUAUCGGUCAGGGACUUGGGAGGCUGACCACGAACGAGAUGUUAAGAGAGAGAGUGGAAGAAACCGAGAAUGCGAUGAGAAGAAGGCAGAAGAGGAGAAGAGUAAGAGUAAGCCUGAGGAACGGAAAGAGAAGGUUGUGGAAGAGCAAGCGAGGAGGUACCAAUUGGAUGUGCUUGAACAAGCUAAAGCGAAAAACACGAUUGCAUUUCUUGAGACCGGUGCUGGGAAGACGCUUAUCGCGAUUCUUCUAAUCAAAAGUGUUCAUAAGGAUUUGAUGAGCAUGAAUAGAAGAAUGCUCUCUGUUUUCUUGGUUCCUAAAGUGCCUUUGGUUUAUCAGCAAGCAGAAGUGAUCCGUAAUCAAACUAGUUUCCAAGUUGGACAUUAUUGUGGUGAGAUGGGGCAAGAUUUCUGGGAUGCUCGAAGGUGGCAGCGAGAGUUUGAGUCUAAGCAGGUUCUAGUAAUGACGGCACAAAUUCUAUUGAAUAUACUGAGGCACAGCAUUAUUAGAAUGGAGUCGAUUAAUCUUCUUAUUCUCGAUGAGUGUCACCACGCUGUGAAGAAACAUCCUUACUCACUUGUCAUGUCGGAGUUUUACCACACAACUCCUAAGGAUAAAAGACCUGCCAUUUUUGGAAUGACUGCUUCGCCUGUUAAUCUAAAGGGUGUUUCUAGCCAAGUAGAUUGUGCGAUAAAGAUACGAAAUCUUGAGACGAAACUGGAUUCUACGGUUUGUACCAUAAAAGACCGAAAGGAACUGGAGAAACAUGUGCCUAUGCCUUCAGAGGUGGUGGUGGAGUAUGACAAAGCUGCUACGAUGUGGUCGCUUCAUGAGAAAAUAAAGCAAAUGAUUGCAGCUGUUGAAGAAGCGGCACAGGCAAGUUCAAGGAAAAGCAAGUGGCAGUUUAUGGGGGCUAGGGACGCUGGAGCUAAGGAUGAGCUUAGACAGGUUUAUGGCGUUUCCGAAAGAACGGAGAGCGAUGGAGCCGCCAAUUUGAUUCACAAACUUAGAGCUAUUAACUACACUCUUGCUGAAUUGGGUCAAUGGUGUGCCUACAAGGUGGCACAAUCGUUCUUGACUGCUUUGCAAAGUGACGAGAGGGUGAAUUUCCAAGUUGAUGUGAAGUUUCAAGAGUCUUAUCUCAGCGAGGUGGUGUCACUCUUGCAAUGCCAGCUUCUGGAAGGCGCUGCUGCGGAAAAGGCCGGCUCUGAAGUUACCAAACCAGAAAAUGAUGAUGAGAUUGAGGAAGGAGAGCUCCCUGAUGAUCAUGUGGUCUCUGGAGGGGAGCACGUUGAUGAAGUAAUAGGCGCUGCAGUGGCUGAUGGGAAAGUUACUCCAAAAGUUCAAUCGUUGAUAAAGCUUCUCCUCAAGUAUCAGCACACAGCCGAUUUUCGUGCUAUUGUUUUUGUUGAGAGAGUGGUUGCUGCUUUGGUGCUUCCAAAGGUUUUCGCCGAGCUGCCUUCACUUGGUUUUAUAAAAUGUGCCAGCAUGAUUGGGCACAAUAAUAGCCAAGAAAUGAAAUCAUCUCAAAUGCAGGAUACAAUUUCCAAAUUCCGAGAUGGCCAAGUGACACUGUUAGUGGCCACAAGCGUUGCUGAGGAAGGACUUGAUAUCAGGCAAUGUAACGUUGUUAUGCGUUUCGACCUUGCAAAGACGGUGCUCGCAUACAUCCAGUCUCGUGGUCGGGCAAGAAAGCCUGGAUCAGACUACAUUCUCAUGGUUGAGAGGGGAAAUGUAUCCCACGCAGCGUUCUUGAGGAAUGCUAGAAACAGUGAGGAGACGCUGCGGAAAGAAGCAAUUGAGAGGACUGAUCUUAGCCAUCUCAAAGAUACAUCGAGGCUAAUCUCCAUUGAAGCUGUGCCGGGUACAGUUUAUAAGGUGGAGGCAACUGGUGCCAUGGUUAGCUUGAAUUCCGCGGUUGGUCUCAUACAUUUCUACUGCUCUCAGCUUCCCGGUGACAGAUAUGCAAUUCUUCAUCCUGAUUUCUUCAUGGAGCAACAUGAAAAGCCUGGGGGACACAAAGAGUAUUCAUGCAGGCUUCAGCUUCCUUGCAAUGCACCAUUUGAAAUACUCGAGGGUCCUGUUUGCAACUCAAUGCGUCUUGCACAACAGGCUGUAUGUCUAGCUGGUUGCAAGAAACUGCAUGAGAUGGGUGCAUUUACGGAUAUGCUAUUGCCGGAUAAGGGAAGUGGUCAAGACGCUGAGAAGGCUGACCAAGAUGAGGAAGGCGAACCUGUUCCUGGAACUGCUAGGCAUAGAGAGUUCUAUCCCGAAGGUGUGGCGGAUGUGCUUAAGGGAGAAUGGAUCUUAGCAGGAAAGGAAAAUUGUGAGAGCACAAAGCUAUUCCAUUUAUACAUGUACAGUGUUACAUGUGUAGAUUCUGGAGCUUCAAAAGAUCCAUUCCUAAGUGAAGUUUCAGAAUUCGCGGUUCUUUUUGGCAAUGAGCUGGAUGCAGAGGUAUUAUCGAUGUCUAUGGAUCUUUAUGUUGCUCGGGCCAUGAUCACCAAAGCAUCUCUUGCUUUCAGGGGAUCACUGGAUAUUACAGAAAGCCAGCUAUCAUCUAUUAAGAAGUUUCAUGUGAGAUUGAUGAGUAUUGUGUUAGAUGUUGAUGUCGAACCCUCCACGACACCAUGGGAUCCUGCAAAGGCCUACUUGUUUGUCCCUGUCACUACUGACAGUAAAGGAAUCAACUGGGAACUAGUUGAAAAGAUUACUGAAACCAGAGUGUGGGACAACCCGCUUCAGAGAGCUCGUCCGGAUGUAUAUCUGGGGACUAACGAGAGAACUCUUGGUGGGGACAGAAGGGAAUAUGGGUUUGGUAAACUUCGUGACAACAAAUCUCACCCGACUUAUGGUAUCAGAGGAGCUGUUGCGUCUUUCGAUGUCGUGAGAGCUUCUGGAUUGUUACCUGUAAGAGAUGCUUUUGAGAAGAAAGUAGAAGGAGGUGAUCUUUCACAUGGCAAGCUGAUGAUGGCAGAUGGGUGCAUGGUUGCAGAAAGUCUUCUAGGGAAAAUUGUGACAGCUGCACAUUCCGGGAAGCGGUUUUAUGUUGACUCUAUUUGCUAUGAUAUGAGUGCAGAAACAUCAUUCCCAAGGAAAGAAGGAUAUUUAGGUCCCUUGGAGUACAACACUUACGCUGACUAUUACAAGCAAAAGUAUGGCGUUGAUUUGAGUUGCAAGAAACAACCGUUGAUCAAAGGACGAGGUGUUUCGUAUUGCAAGAACCUUCUUUCUCCUCGGUUUGAACAGUCAGGUGAGUCUGAGACGGUGCUGGAUAAAACAUAUUACGUGUUUCUUCCACCUGAGCUAUGCGUUGUGCAUCCUCUUUCGGGUUCACUCGUCCGAGGUGCUCAGAAGUUACCCUCUAUAAUGAGAAGAGUUGAGAGCAUGUUGCUCGCUGUUCAACUCAAAAACUUGAUCAACUUUCCUAUUCCAACUUCAAAGAUUCUUGAGGCCUUGACUGCUGCCUCGUGCCAGGAGACGUUCUGCUACGAGAGAGCCGAGCUUCUAGGAGAUGCGUAUCUGAAAUGGGUCGUGAGUCGUUUUCUGUUCCUCAAGUAUCCGCAGAAGCACGAGGGUCAGCUCACAAGGAUGAGGCAACAGAUGGUUAGCAACAUGGUUCUUUAUCAGUAUGCUCUGGUGAAAGGUCUUCAGUCGUAUAUCCAGGCGGAUCGUUUCGCACCGUCUAGGUGGUCUGCUCCUGGUGUGCCUCCGGUGUUCGACGAGGACACAAAAGAUGGAGGAUCUUCGUUUUUCGACGAAGACCAGAAACAGGGGAACAGCGACGUGUUUGAAGAUGGAGAGAUGGAGGAUGGUGAGUUAGAGGGUGAUUUGAGCUCUUACAGAGUUUUGUCCAGCAAAACGUUGGCUGAUGUUGUUGAAGCUUUGAUCGGUGUUUACUACGUCGAAGGCGGGAAAGUUGCAGCGAACCAUUUGAUGAAGUGGAUCGGGAUCCAUGUGGAGGAUGAUCCUGAAGAGAUCGAAGGAACGGUUAAACCGGUUAAUGUUUCAGAGAGCGUGCUCAAGAGUAUAGACUUUGUUGGUUUAGAGAAAGCGCUGAAGUACGAGUUUGUGGAGAAAGGUCUUCUUGUUGAAGCUAUCACGCAUGCUUCGAGACCGUCUUCGGGUGUUUCUUGUUACCAGAGAUUGGAGUUUGUUGGUGAUGCCGUCUUGGAUCAUCUUAUCACAAGACACUUGUUCUUCACGUACACAAGCCUUCCUCCUGGCCGGUUAACAGAUCUCCGAGCCGCAGCGGUUAACAAUGAGAAUUUUGCUCGUGUUGCGGUUAAACAUAAACUCCACUUGUUCCUUCGUCAUGGCUCUAGCGCCCUUGAGAAACAGAUUCGGGAUUUUGUGAAGGAAGUUCUAACCGAGUCAUCGAAACCGGGGUUUAACUCUUUCGGUUUAGGAGACUGUAAAGCACCAAAAGUUCUUGGAGAUAUUGUUGAAUCGAUCGCAGGAGCUAUAUUUCUUGAUAGUGGCAAAGAUACAACUGCUGCUUGGAAGGUUUUUCAGCCUUUGCUUCAACCGAUGGUGACACCGGAGACACUUCCGAUGCAUCCGGUUAGAGAGCUGCAAGAGCGGUGCCAGCAACAAGCGGAAGGAUUAGAAUACAAAGCGAGCCGGAGUGGUAACACAGCGACUGUGGAAGUGUUCAUCGACGGUGUUCAAGUCGGAGUAGCGCAGAACCCUCAGAAGAAAAUGGCUCAGAAGCUAGCGGCGAGGAACGCGCUCGCAGCUCUGAAAGAGAAGGAAGCAGCGGAGUUGAAAGAGAAGCAGGCGAAUGGGAAUGGGGAAGAGAAUCAAGGAGGAGAUGGUGAGAAUGGGAGCAAGAAGAAUGGGAAUCAGACGUUUACGAGACAGACGUUGAAUGAUAUUUGCUUGAGGAAGAAUUGGCCAAUGCCUUCUUACAGAUGUGUGAAAGAAGGAGGACCGGCGCAUGCAAAGAGGUUUACGUUUGGGGUAAGAGUGAAUACAAGCGACAGAGGAUGGACCGAUGAGUGUAUUGGAGAGCCGAUGCCGAGUGUUAAGAAGGCCAAAGAUUCUGCUGCUAUUCUUCUUCUUGAGCUCUUAAACAAGUCUUAUUCUUGA